GGCAACAAGGUUACUCGCACUGCGGGCUGAAACGCUGUAAGACACGCGUCGCUCUUGGAACCAUCUCCCACCAUCGCAAUGAGCUAUAGCCUCUCUCAGAGCAGCUCAUCUAGAAUGAGCAGUGGAAUCUCCUCCAGGCUCUCUGAUGGGAUCUACAGAGCUGCUAGUAUGCAAGGGGGUUAUGGAGGAUCUGGCGUUUCCAUGUCCAGUGCCAAGUUCACAUCAGCAGCUGGGUCAGGGAUGGGCUUUGGCUCUGGAUUUGCCAGUGGGGCAUCCGCUGGUAGUGGGGCCUUCUAUGGAGCCAGCUUUAGUUCAGGGGGUGGAGAUGGGCUGCUGUCUGGCAAUGAGAAGUACACCAUGCAGAACCUAAAUGACCGCCUUGCCAGUUACUUGGCUAAAGUGAAGACUUUGGAGGUGGCCAACACUGACCUGGAGGCCAAGAUACGUGAUUGGUAUUCUAAGCAAGGGUCAGUCGCUGUCAGUGAACAAAGCUUUGGAACCUUGUACACCUCUAUUGGUGAACUACGUCAAAAGAUUUUAGCUGCCACCAUUAACAACUCAAAGCUUGUCCUGGAGAUCGACAAUGCAAGAUUGGCUGCUGAUGACUUCAAACUCAAGUAUGAGAAUGAGUUUUCCCUGCGUCAGACAGUCGAAAAUGACAUCAGUGGCCUGAGACAUAUCUUGGAUGACCUGACCAUGACCAGAUCUGAUCUGGAGCUCCAGAUUGAAAGCCUAAAGGAAGAACUGAUUUACUUGAAGGCAAACCAUGAGGAGGAAGUCUCUGAGAAAAAGCAGCAUGCAGCAGGAACGGUGAGCGUGGAGUUGGAUGCUGUUCCUGGUGUCGGCCUUCUAAACACACUGAAUGACCUUAGGGAGCAGUAUGAAUCUAUUGCGGAUAGAAACAGACGGGAAGCUGAAGCUUGGUUCCUCAGCCAGGUUGAAGGUCUACAGAAAGAAGUUGUCAGCAGCACCCAGCAAAUACAGAGCACCAAGAGUGAAAGCACCGAACUGAGACGUGGUUUGCAGAGUCUGGAGAUUGAGCUGCAGUCCCAGUUGAGCGCUAAAGCCGGGUUAGAGGCAUCGUUGGCAGAGACAGAAGGUCGCUACGCUGCACAGCUCUUCCAGAUUCAGAACAUCAUUAGCAGCAUGGAGGCUCAGCUUUCAGACCUUCGUUCAGACCUUGAGCGACAAAACCAGGAAUACAGGACUUUAUUAGACAUCAAGAGUCGCCUAGAACAGGAAAUUGCCACAUACCAUCAGCUCCUGGAAGGACAGGGAGGCCUAAUCGCAGCUGGAGCAAAUAGCAGUUCAGGGUCCAGCAGUGGAAGCACAACUACCCGGGUACAUGCCAUAAUAAAGGAAGAAUCUGGUGGAAAGGUGGUGUCUUCCACACUUCUCAAGUCUUUCUGAGAUGUUCCUGCCGACCAGAGACACCUCCAGCAUGGGAUUUAGGGGCAGAGAAUAACGGUGUGAGCUGCUACGGAACCCUCUUUCAUACCCAGGGGCUUCAUACAGAAACACAGAGAAGGCUUUGUGCUGUCUUCCCAUUCUCAGACUAUUAGACAAGAGCUCUCUUAAGGUCCCCAUACACGGCCGAUUCUAGCUGCCGAUAUGGGUCCCUUAGACAGAUUCGGCAGCUAAUCGGCCCGUGUAUGGGCACUACCGACGGGCCUGCCCGACUGAUAUCUGGCCUGAAAUCGUCCAGAUCUCGAUCGGGCAGGUUAGAAAAUACAGUCGGAUCGUUGAUGCAGUCCCUGGACCCACUUUUCCUAUUCCCGUCGUUAUAAUUCGAUCGUUUGGCCUGGAUUCUCCCGAUAUCGCCCACCAGUAGGUGGGGAUAUCGGAGAAGAUCCACUCGCUUGGCGACAUUGCCAAACGAGCGGAUCGGCCCAUGUAUGGGGACCUUUACUGUGUGUAACCCCAUAAAGCGGAGAAGGUUUUACUAAAAUAUUGAAUAAAAUGAUUUCAAUGUAAUAAACAAACAUAACUACACUGAUAAUCUGCAAAACCUUGUCACUUGGUGGAGAAUGUUCUUUCUAAGUCAAAUAAAGGUCUUCAUGGGUUGUGCAGAUGUU